GGGGAAACAAAAGGCGAAAGCGAGCCAAUAAAACAGAGAAAAAGCAGAACACAAAAAUUUCCAAAACUUUUUCUUUUUUUGUUUUGCUUACUCGGAAAGCUUCUCUCUCCGGUGAAAACUUCGAGCUCGGUAUCUUCUCCGUGUGUAGAUUUGAAGCUGCAUUGGGUAGAGUAAUAAUCUAUGGGGGGAAUGUUUGGCUCUGUGGAAGACUAUGGAGAGAUGUUUCAAGACGCUGUUGCUCAUACUAGUGGCGCAUCACUCUCUUCAGAAAAUCAAAUUGAAAAUCCUGUUGUCUACAAGCUUGUCCGGGUUGCACAAGAUGGGAGACUAGUUCCUGCAACUGAUGAAGAAAUGUUGGAGGUCAAGGACUUGGUCGAGAACAACGAGAAUGAUAUGUCUGUUGUACCGGAUCCUGGACAAUAUGAGUAUAUUACCAAUGAAGGGUCGCCUUCUCAGUUUCUGCAGCUAGAUAGUUUAGAAGGCCUUUUCCAGUCGGAGACUGCAGAAGCAUAUACAGACAAUUUGAACUCCCGGCUUGAGGUCUGUCCUCCACCUUUGGAACUUUUGCAGUCUAAAGAGGAGUUGGUGUAUGGAUCUCAGAUGCCUUUUCCUCUUCUGGAUACCAACUAUCAUAGCUCUAAUGAGUUGCCUGGGGAUGAGGAGUUUGUCCUAUCCGAAGUUCUGCUGCAGGAACCUGUUUGUUUUUCAUCAGAUGGAUGCGGUAUAGAUCAACCUAUGGAUGUGUCACCAUACUCAAAUGCUGCAGGUGGUAGUCCUAAAGCACCUGCAGUGUCAACAACUGCCUCAAGCCCUGGAGCUUCUAGAGAUACAGAGGAGAUAUGCUUGGGUAAUCUUUCGAUUAAAGCACUGCAAGAUACAUUCAGAGCCACGUUUGGUCGUGAAACUACUUGCAAGGACAAACUCUGGCUCCAAAGGAAGAUCAAGAUGGGACGGGUUAACCCAUGUGUUAUCCCAACAACUAGCCAGACAGUUAAUGACAACAAACUGAUUCUUGGAGGUCAAGAUAACUGUAAUGAUACGAGUGUUGACGAAGGAAGAGCUAGUAACUGCAAAGGCACACCAUCUAGUCCAAAUGAUUUCGUAAAGGGACAUCCAAAUGAUUUUGAGUAUAGUCCAGUUGAAGCUUUUGUAGACCACUACUCCGGAAAUGAAGAUUUUGAAGGCGAGUAUAGGUCUGCGAAAAGAGUUAGGAAGGCUACAAGGAGAUAUAUCGAAGAGAUUUCAAAAGUUGAUGACGAAAAACAGGAAAGUAAAGAGUCACUGAUCCCUUCAAAAGAUGAGAGGUCUAUUAGCACCGUUUCUUCAGGAAGAAGAGUUGUUGUCACCAGGAUGGUAUCUCUGGGUGGUUCCAUAAUUCAGGUUCCCUAUGUUUCUCAUGUGAGGAGAAGCCGUCCCAGGGAAAACAUAAUGGCUCUUGGGGAAUUUCAUUCCAAAUCAUGGGAGGUGAAAGCUAUGCCAGAAGAGAGUAACCUCAGUGUAAGCCAAUCUCAGUUAAACAGUGACGUGAAGCGAGUUUCAGGUGUCAAAUCUGUUUCUGGACCUGACCAGAAAAAAUUAACUACUCAUCGUCAGAGCUACAAGGACCAUUCAAAACCUGAGGUGGAUGAAGACAUCAUGGAGCCAGAGUACAUGGACUCAUCUGGAGAUAGCUCAGAUGAUAGUAGUUAUAAUCGCGUUGAUCGACCAGUCACGCAAAGUGCAAUGAGAAGGAAACAUCAUAGAGCUUGGUGUCUCUCUGAGGUUAAGAACCUAGUGGAAGGUGUGUCCAAAUAUGGAGUUGGGAAAUGGUCUGUGAUCAAAAGGCUUUCAUAUUCAUCAUUCCCGCAUCGUACCCCAGUGGAUCUCAAGGACAAAUGGCGAAAUCUACUCAAAGCAUGUUUUGCUCGUGCUCCUUUAAACAAAAUGGGGAGUAUGAGAAAAUAUGGGUCGAUGGCUAUUCCAAGUGAGGUUCUCUCAGAGGUAAGAGAGCUUGCUCAGAAGAAAUCACAUGUUUCACCGGCAAGGAAGGCUAGAAUGGUGAAGGCAUCAUCAAGACACGGUUUCUUGUAGGAAGCUUUUCGUAUUAAACCUAAAAUAUAUUACCGCUGAAAAUCUGAGCUUUUGACUUAUUUUACCUUUUUUCAUUUCGUUAGGCUUUAAUCCCUAAAGUAGCUUUUGUGGUUAAACCGGCGUAUAAACCGGUGUAUGGAACAACGGUUUUCUGAUAUAUGCUAAAUGUUGAAUC